AUGUCCGGCUACCCAGCACCGAAUGGUCACAACAACAAUAAUAAUGGCUACAAUCCCUUGCCUUUGCACGGCCCAUCAUCAAUCCCAUCACCAAAUGAUCCGUUGAUGUCCCAUAAUCAGCAGAUUCAACAUCAACACCAGCAUCAGCACCAGCACCAGCAACAACUCGGCAUAUCUGUCGCACCAUCAUUUCAAUAUGAUCCUCAAUCAAUGGGAGCUCCACAAGGUCAGCAAUCGCCGCAAAUGCCCCCACCAAUGCCACAAUACAAUGAUGGCAUGAACAACGAUCACAAUGGUUUACCCGUUCAAACUGGAACACCAACAUCUAUGAAUGGAACCGGAGAAGCUCCAAAGGGAAAUAGAUUAAGGAAAGCAUGCGACUCAUGCAGCAUCCGAAAAGUUAAGUGUGAUGAAUCGGGUCCUCCAUGUCGAGCAUGUGCAGCAUUAGACAUUCCAUGUACAUUCGAAAGACCAAGUCGUCGAAGAGGUCCACCAAAUCGACAUGCGGAAGCUAUAAAAAAGAGAAGACUCGAAUCUCCAGGUGGUGGACCUUAUUCCUCUCCGACAUCACCAAGCAAUGUUGCCGCGACUCUAGCAUCAUUUUCUUCACAUGCAGUUCUCUCUGCUGAAUCGAUAUUGCCUUUCCCUACUCUCGAGCUUUUCAUCGAUGACUUCUUCACUUACAUACAUCCACUUGCACCUUUCCCACAUGAGCCUUCCUUCCGAGCGGCACUCAAAAAUAGAGAAGAUUUACAAAAUCCAUCAUUUCUCGCAUUGUUGGCGUCCAUGGUUGGGAUAUUGGUAGCAUCAUUUCCUAGAAAGCCCAGGCUACACUUAAAAUCUCAACACCGAGAACAUCUAUUUCCAAACUCACUCGCCUUGGUUGAAAGAUGUCACAAGGUGGCAGUUGAAGCUAGGGGACCUGGUUACCUCGAUAAAAACCUUUCGGUGUACGAUGCAGCUACAAGUUAUUUCUUAGGAUUGUCAGGCGCAUAUACAUUCAAUUGGAGACAAUGUCGUUUGUAUUUUGGAGAGACCUUGAACAUCAUAAGGAUGUUGGGAGCGCAUAGAACCAAGAAUGCAGGUAUGGUGACGACUAUGGGUCAUCUUCCUGCUACGUUUGGUGCAGAAAGCCCUCAGUAUGUUGAUCAACCCGAACCUAUUGAUUAUAUUCGUCAGGAGAUGGGUAGAAGACUAUUUUGGGUUAUGUUCGUUGGUAUUCGAUCAAUGCAACAAUUAGGUGCCACUUUUGGUGAACUUUUAAUUCCACCACCUACUCCAAAUGAACCAUAUCCUCCACUUCCAGUGGAAGUCGAUGAUGAGUACAUCUUUCUAGAUCAUAUCCAACCACAGCCCGAAGGUGUCCUAUCAAGCAUCACCGGAUUCAAUAUGGGUAUCAAGAUCUAUAUGACAUGUACACCUCUCGCAACAAUGGAAGUGGCAUAUGGUAUCGAUCAAGUCUUUGACUUUAAACGUCAAAAAAGAGUACUCUCACAAUGUCUCGGUGCUGCAAAGCAUGUUCUGGAUCAGUUACCAAAUGAGUUGAUGCUUCUACCAAACUCAGAAUCAGGUGAGUUUGGUCAACGAGACGAAGCCUACUAUCCACCUUUGGAAAAUUUUCCAGGUGCUCGUUCGGGUGGACUUGAAGGACGAUCCUGGAACGAAAUCCCAGUAGAUGAGAAAAGAAAAAGACAAUACGAAAUUAUGAAAUCCAAUAUUUACGCCAGUCAGUUAGCCACCAGGUCAUAUAUCGUGGAGAAAUAUUGGAGCCUUGAAGACGCCCACGAACAGCUUAAAGCUAAAUCGGGUGGUUCUGAGGAACCCAAACUAGGAUCUCCGGGUCUUAUGGCAACUGGUUUAGAUGCAGUGCUACCACAAUCAGCAACAGAAGAAUCGAUGGAGUCUGUUGUUAUGAAUGAAAGAGAAAGUAUUGUGAAGGAUUUGCUAAGGGCGCUGAGUUGUCUUCAACAAGUUAAUAUGGAGCCAAAUGGUGGCAGCUUUGUCAACAAAAUCCGUCAAAUAGCUUCUACCUUGGUCGAUACCCCUCAAAACCGCAAAGGACCUUUCGCAUUACGUGCUGAGGAGUACCUAGGCAAAUUCCUCGAUAUCUUAAUGAAGCUCGAGAGAGCUAGCCCUAGUGGUGCUAGGAGUGAAAGUGCCGAUGGUGUGGUUGAUGAAGAAGAAGAAUUAAGCAAUUGGGCUGAUCUCAGAGAAUACCAAACGAGGUUCGCUCAAUCAGGAGGAUUUUUGAAUGAAUUGUAA